UGGCGAAGUUACUUGUGUGUUUAAUAUGUUCAUAUUUUUAUAUCGUGCAUGCUGACUUUGAAGAAUCAAUUACCACUGAAAAAUGUAAUUAUUCCGUAUCUAUGAAAACAGAGGAUAAAAAUUCACUUUCUGUUCUUCGAGUUUAUAUUACUCUUAAUUCUGUAGUUAAAUUUAUUUUAAGUGAGACUUAAAACUGUUCUAUAGAUAUCACAGAUAUUGAAAACGAAAUCAGGAAUAUUUCGGGAAACAACCAAUUACAUGAUAUUCUUGUUGAUCUAAAGAUAGAUGUGAAUUCCGGCGGAAAUAAUGACAUUCGCUUUGAACGAACGGAAAACAGUUUGAAACUAAAUGUGCUUUGGAGGAUAUCCGUAGCAACCGAUCUUCUUUCCACAGAUAUGCUUAUUUUGGACAAUAUGUAUUAUAGCCUUGUUGGUUUUCCGAAUCCUUCUAUCAGCAUAUAUACUGCACCGUUGAAAAUUCGUAAAACAGGAACAAUAUUUAAUGCCUGUUGCUCUGUUAGUCAUUCCUUAGUAAACUGGAUGGCGUGGAGCUUUGGAGAUGUUUUGAACAACGUAGUCAUGCCAAAUAUACAGUGGUUGAUAUAUCACGGACUUCGUUCCAGGCAAAAUUUCACGGCGUCUUUGCUAGUCGAACGAUUUCCAACAGUACUUGAGUUAACUUUAUCGGACGUUUCGCUGACAGGAGAGCUUGUAUAUCCAUGGUUACAAGACGUCAUAAACUUUGAUAGAAAAGUUUUACCAAUUGGCUUUAGUUUGGAUGGUGGUAACUUUGAAUAUCUCGUCAUAAAAGGUGAAGUGGACUUUGUGUUCCUCUCUGAUAUUAGUGAAAACAGUUUAUAUGACCUUAGAUUUUGCAACGCAACUAUUGGACUUUUGAGCAUAUCUGAAGUUAGGAACGUUAAACUGGAAGAAAACAUGUUUCACAAUUUAUCCCAUGUAGGGCAACUGAUCUUACCUUUCAAUGACAUUCAGGAAAUUCCUCCAAAUGUAUUUAUUUGGAGGGAGUUGAAAUAUUUAGAUCUAGCGAAUAAUAAAAUACAAGUAUUGCAGAAAGGCGUGUUUAAAGGUCUUACAAAUUUGAAAGUGCUAGAUUUGAGUAAUAAUAUGCUGAAAGAAGUAAAAAAUGUAUUCCAACCUUUACGAAGUAUACAAAAUCUUAUUUUAAGAAACAAUACAGCACUUCAAUAUAUUCCGCUGGACCCUUUUUACGGACAACAACUGGAAAAAUUAGAUCUCAGCAAUAUAUCAGUGACAUUAAAAACGCUUUAUUCUUUUAUAACCGAACUUGAUUUGAAACAAUUCGAGUCUCAACGCAAUAAGCACGCCUUAGAAGGUUGGAGAAAAGGACCAUAUCCUACUAUAGUCUUACAUUUAUCCAAUUGUAAUGUAACAUCAUUCGAUUUACAUAUAUCGCAAUCAAAUUUUGAAAAGCUAAUAGAUGUUUUGUCUUUUUGCAAUAUUGAUUUCAGAGGUAAUCCACUUUCAUGCAAUUGCUUUAAUCCGGAGCUAAGAUCCAUACGCGUUUGUGCUGUAUUUUCUUUUAUAUCGCAAUGUAAUUUCAUGCCAUUGUGCCAAUACCCACUUAAUAUGCGAGGUAAACAAUUGUCAAGCAUAUAUGAUAGUGACAUGUAUUGUAAAGUAAGUGAGUUUCAAAGUUUAAACUAUACAUGUCCACAACAUUGCACAUGUUACAGUAGACAUCUGAGAAUGCCACAGUCAUUCAUUAUCGACUGUCAAAAUAAACAGACAAUGGAACCACCCGUAAAAAUAAAAGAACCAUGUCAACAUUUUGAAUUGUGGAUGAGAAACUCUUCUUUACAGCGGCUCGAUAAGCGUGACUAUUUCAAAAAGGUUAUAACCUUAGAUGUUUCUGAAAAUAGUUUGACUGCUAUUGACCCUGAAGUGAUAAAUGACUUAAGUAUAUUGAGCAUGUUCAAACUUCACUCAAAUAAACUUAAGUAUUUGCCAUACAAUAUACAAUUUAUGAACGUAUCUGAGAUAACUCUCCGAAGCAACAAUUUAAGGUGCGACUGUACAUCCAAAUGGUUAAAGGACUGGGUGUUAAGUAAUCAAGGAGUCGUUAGUGAUUGGACAGAAGUGACAUGUGUAGACACUCGCGAUAACGUUAGACAACUCAUCUCAGUGCACGAUGAUGAUUUUGUUUGUACAUCACUGAACUGGAAUGUAUUGCAUCAUGUGUAUUUUCUGGCCAUUGUUAUUGGGUCGAUCUGCUUUGUGCUUCUCGCGAUUUGCUUAUUGGUAUUCUUUGGUAGAAGACAUUUGAAGAUUCUUUUGUACAUCUAUUGUGGUGCUCAUCCUUUUGACACUGAAGACGACAUCGACGCAAAACACGACAUUGUUCUCUUGUGCAGUCCUGAAAACAAAACGAAAAUGGAUAGGUAUCUGUCGGAAGUGCUUACUUCAAAUAGAUAUUUUGUGUGCAUUGUUACAGAUUUUUAUGUUAAUGAUUGUAAAUAUUCAUUAUAUGUUCUGUUAUAUGAAUACAUGCGCUCUGUUCUGUUAUAUCAGCAGCAAUAAACGCUUUGUGAAAUGACUGUUCAAGCCAUAGUUAUAAAUGUGUUAAGAACAGAAAAGACAAUAAGUUCAUUGAAUUAAUUACUUUGUACUUUGUACUUUUAAUCUCAAUGUGUCUUUAUACAAUGAGAUGUAUCAUGUCACGUUGACUCGUAUUGGCUAAAACACAAAUCAUAAAUAAUAAUUCAAUGUUA